AGCGCUCGGUGGUUUAAAGAUGGCGGCGGCGGCGUUGGGGGCGCGGAGCGGCGGGAGGAGGAGGGAAAAGGAGAAUCUGUGAGUCGCCUGGAGGCAGCGCGGCUGCUGCCGUGAAGAGUCCGGGUGCCGAGCCGCCAGCAGCCCAGCCCCUCAGGGCCAGGGCCUGGGCUGGGAGGGAGAGGCCGGAGCAGCGUCAGGAGCCCGAGGCCGGAGCCGAGGAGGAAUGUGACCAGGGGUCGGCUGGGGCGCGGGAGUACGCGAGCGCUGGGAUGGGGCAGCAGGUGGGCCGCGUCGGGGAGGCUCCCGGGCUCCAGCAGCCUCAGCCCCGCGGGUUCCGGGGCAGCAGUGCAGCCAGGCCCUCCAGCCGCAGGCGGGACCCGGCGGGGCGCACCACAGAGACCGGCUUCAAUAUCUUCACCCAGCAUGAUCACUUUGCCAGCUGUGUGGAGGAUGGAUUUGAGGGAGACAAGACUGGAGGCAGUCCAGAAGCUUUGCAUCGUCCCUACGGUUGUGAUGUUGAACCCCAGGCACUAAAUGAGGCUAUCAGGUGGAGCUCCAAGGAGAACUUGCUAGGAGCCACUGAGAGUGACCCCAAUCUUUUCGUUGCACUUUAUGAUUUUGUAGCAAGUGGUGAUAACACACUCAGCAUCACUAAAGGUGAAAAGCUACGAGUACUUGGUUACAACCAGAAUGGCGAGUGGAGUGAAGUUCGUUCUAAGAAUGGGCAGGGCUGGGUGCCAAGCAACUACAUCACCCCAGUGAACAGCCUGGAAAAACACUCCUGGUACCAUGGACCUGUGUCACGCAGUGCAGCUGAGUAUCUGCUCAGCAGUCUAAUCAAUGGCAGCUUCCUGGUGCGAGAAAGUGAGAGUAGCCCUGGGCAGCUGUCUAUCUCGCUCAGGUACGAGGGGCGUGUGUAUCACUACAGGAUCAAUACCACUGCAGAUGGCAAGGUAUAUGUGACUGCUGAGAGCCGCUUCAGCACCUUGGCAGAGCUUGUACACCAUCACUCCACGGUGGCUGACGGGCUGGUGACAACAUUACACUACCCAGCACCCAAGUGCAAUAAGCCUACAGUCUACGGUGUGUCCCCCAUCCAUGACAAAUGGGAAAUGGAACGAACAGAUAUUACCAUGAAGCACAAACUUGGGGGCGGUCAGUAUGGAGAGGUUUACGUUGGCGUCUGGAAGAAAUACAGCCUUACAGUUGCUGUGAAAACAUUGAAGGAAGAUACCAUGGAGGUAGAAGAGUUCCUAAAAGAAGCCGCAGUGAUGAAGGAAAUCAAGCAUCCUAAUCUGGUACAACUUUUAGGUGUGUGUACUUUGGAGCCACCAUUUUACAUUGUGACUGAAUACAUGCCAUAUGGGAAUUUGCUGGAUUAUCUCCGAGAAUGCAACCGAGAAGAGGUGACUGCAGUUGUGCUGCUCUACAUGGCCACUCAGAUUUCUUCUGCAAUGGAGUACUUAGAGAAGAAGAAUUUCAUCCAUAGAGAUCUUGCAGCUCGUAACUGCCUAGUGGGAGAAAACCAUGUGGUAAAAGUGGCUGACUUUGGUUUAAGUAGAUUGAUGACUGGAGACACUUACACUGCUCAUGCUGGAGCCAAAUUUCCUAUUAAGUGGACAGCACCAGAGAGUCUUGCCUACAAUACCUUCUCAAUUAAAUCUGAUGUCUGGGCUUUUGGGGUACUGUUGUGGGAAAUUGCUACCUAUGGAAUGUCACCGUAUCCAGGUAUUGACCUGUCUCAGGUCUAUGACCUACUGGAAAAAGGAUAUCGAAUGGAACAGCCUGAGGGAUGCCCCCCGAAAGUUUAUGAACUUAUGAGAGCAUGCUGGAAGUGGAGCCCUGCUGAUAGGCCCUCUUUUGCUGAAACACACCAAGCUUUUGAAACCAUGUUCCAUGACUCCAGCAUUUCUGAAGAAGUAGCUGAGGAGCUUGGGAGAGCUGCCUCCUCGUCAUCUGUUGUUCCAUACCUGCCCCGGCUACCUAUACUUCCUUCCAAGACUCGGACACUGAAGAAACAGGCAGAGAACAAGGAGAACAUUGAAGGGGCACAGGAUGAUGCCACAGAAAACUCUGCUUCCAGUUUAGCACCAGGGUUCAUCAGAGGUGCACAGGCCUCCAGUGGAUCCCCAGCACUGCCUCGAAAGCAAAGAGACAAGUCACCCAGUAGCCUCUUGGAAGAUGCCAAAGAGACAUGCUUCACCAGGGAUAGGAAGGGCGGCUUCUUCAGCUCCUUCAUGAAAAAGAGAAAUGCUCCUACACCCCCCAAACGCAGCAGCUCCUUCCGAGAAAUGGAGAAUCAGCCCCAUAAGAAAUACGAACUCACGGGGCUUCCAGAGCAGGAUAGGAUGGCAAUGACCCUUCCCAGGAACUGCCAGAGGUCCAAACUCCAGCUGGAAAGGACAGUGUCCACCUCUUCUCAGCCAGAAGAGAAUGUGGACAGGGCCAAUGACAUGCUUCCAAAAAAAUCAGAGGAAGGUGCUGCUCCAACCAGGGAGAGACCAAAAGCCAAGUUACUGCCCAGAGGAGCCACAGCUCUUCCUCCCAGAACCCCCUCUGGGGAUCUAGCCAUUACAGAGAAGGACUCUCCAGGGGUGGGAGUGGCUGGAGUGGCAGCUGCCCCCAAGGGCAAAGAGAAGAAUGGUGGGGCACGACUUGGGAUGGUUGGAGUCCCAGAGGAUGGAGAGCAGCCCGGCUGGUCUUCUCCAGCCAAGGCUGCCACUGUCCUCCCAACCACUCACAACCACAAAGUGCCAGUCCUUAUCUCACCCACUCUGAAACACACUCCAGCUGACGUGCAGCUCAUUGGCACAGACUCUCAGGGGAAUAAAUUCAAGCUGUUAUCUGAGCAUCAGGUUACAUCCUCUGGAGACAAGGACCGACCCCGACGGGUAAAACCAAAGUGUGCCCCACCCCCACCACCAGUGAUGAGACUACUGCAGCAUUCGUCCUUAUGUUCAGACCCUACGGAAGAGCCGACUGCCCCGACUGCAGGACAGUCCACAUCAGAAACACAGGAAGGAGGAAAGAAGGCAGCUCCGGGCGCAGUGCCCAUCAGUGGGAAAGCUGGGAGGCCAGUGGUGCCUCCACCUCAAGUGCCUCUGCCCACAUCUUCCAUCUCGCCCGCCAAAAUGGCCAACGGCACAGCAGGUACUAAAGUGGCCCUGAGAAAAACCAAACAAGCCGCUGAGAAAAUCUCAGCAGACAAAAUCAGCAAAGAGGCCCUGCUGGAAUGUGCUGACCUACUGUCCAGCGCAAUCACGGAACCCGUGCCCAACAGCCAGCUGGUCGACACUGGACACCAGCUGCUCGACUACUGCUCAGGCUACGUGGACUGCAUCCCUCAAACUCGGAACAAAUUUGCCUUCCGAGAGGCUGUGAGCAAACUGGAACUCAGCCUACAGGAGCUGCAGGUGUCUUCAGCAGCUGCUGGUGUGCCCGGGGCAAACCCUGUCCUUAAUAACUUAUUGUCAUGUGUACAGGAAAUCAGUGAUGUGGUACAGAGGUAGCCACUGUUAGCCUGGUGGGAAAAUGCACACAUUUCUGAGGGGAGAGGGAAAGGGACUUGUUUUCCUGUGUUCUUGUUUUCAAAAAAUGACUCAUACUUGAGUGUGUUUAUGUGAAGUACCUCAGAUCCCUGAGUUCUCACGUUUACAGUUUCAUCUCAAAAAUAAGAAGCUAACUACAAAAGUAUAGGAGAGGUAAAUAAUUAAGUGGGGGCAAGGCAGUAGUAGACAGGCUUGGAAACUGCACUGGAAAAUCAGGGAACAUAUGUAUGUCACAGGGAAGGCAAUGCAGCCCAUCCCUACCUGGAAUGCUGGGAGGUGCUAGGCAGGGCUGCUCUCAGCAACACCGCAGCAGCUGCGCCCAGACCUGGGGCUCUGGUAGAUACUCAUGGUGAUUAUGCUCCAAUUUACCUAAUGAAUUUGGUGAGACAGAAGAAAGGAAAGCUGGGAAUGUACCAAGAGAAAUUUUUGUUUCAGGCUGUUGGAAGCACCCCUAGCCUUGCUUUCCCAAGGUCAUUGCUGCUGUAAUGAGAACUGCAAAUCAGAGUGCUACAACACAAAGCUGGGAAAUGGGGCUCUCUCUGAAUGCCUCUGUCCUGUUUUCUGCUGGUGUAUUGGUUGGUGCAGGAAAUAAAGAAUGCUGGAAAGUUGGGUCAGGGAGAUUGAAAACCUUCUCCUAUAAAAUCUUGUGUAGAUUAGCAGAAGUCAUUUCUCCCAGUCUGGUAUAUUGUUUCAUAAUGGACUAGGAUUGGCUUCCUGCUUGUUGGUGGCUGUCUGUAAACCAUGAGUACGGGGGUCUCCCUAGUGGUUCUUUGUCUUUUGCUGGGCAGCCUGUCUUCCUUUAUUCCUGAUAGCAUUCUGAGCAUUAACCAAUGUCGAUUUUGAAAGUAAUAGUCCCUGCAGGUUCUCACAAGGGAACGAAUCCUGUUCUGAUACAGUUCCCCUGCAUACUGACAUACUGGCCAAGGACUUGAGCAGCUGUGUAUUUUUCUUCAUCAACUAAAAUAGCAGGGAGAUGGUCUUUUCUUGAAACCCGGUGGCCUGUGACUGAAAGGAAAAGCUGGCUCUAAUGGCUUGGUCCUAACGGCUGUUUCUCUGUACCUUUCCCCUCACUUAUCACCGUAAGCCCAAUCGAGGUAGAGAAUAGGGAGCCGCAUCCCCCUCGCUAUGGAUUUGAAGUGAGUGAUCCCCCACAUCAUUCUCACAUGCUUUUCUCCUUGCACAUAUUUCUCCCUACUCCGCACCCAGUCAUUGUGCUUAUUUGUACAGAUCUUAUUUGGAAUAUUCUUUAUUUAUUUUGUCAUUUCACUUCUGUUUUAAGAAUGCAUAACUGAAGGAGUAGUCCUUUUCAGGGAGCACCAGUUAGACCCUGGAAACCUAAUGACUUAAUCCUUAAAUAUGCUUUGCCCUUGAAAAAUAGGCCUUUUCCUUCCCUACUUAGUUAUAGUUGUGGAAGCUAAUUAAGAUGGCAUGGAAGUGAAUCUAAUGAGUUAGGUAUUAUUAAUGUUCUUGGUAUUGAGUCUAAUUUCAAUUACUGCUUCGUUCUCUUUUUAAAGCUUUAUGAAUACUUCCCCUUCCUCCCCAAGGAGAGCCCAGUACACCUGUAUUUUUAUUUUAUUCUCUCAAAGGAAUAGUAGCUUAGGAAGAUAGGAAUUCAACAUUGAGCAGUUUUCUUCCUGGCUCUGUCAUUGGUACACUGUCAAACCACAGCCCCAUCUCUUAAUCUGUUAAUUAAGGUAAUAGUACAUGUUCUCAAGAGUGUUGCAAAUAAGUGUACGGCUAUCCCUUUGAGAGCCUCUCUGGAAAGCUCUUUUAGUGCAGUGUUGUUACGCUGAAUGGUUUUUCAUCCUCUUAUUUGCUGAGUAGAAAAUAUUCAUGAAAUUAAGAAUUGCCGAGAGUAUAUUAAUUGCGCUAAGAAUACUAAGGGGGAAACUGUUUUGAAUAGAGUUUGGCAUCUUUGACCAAGAACAAAACUGAGUUUUCAUUAGAAAGAAAGGAAACCUUGAUUUUCACCAUUGCUGCUCCAAAGGAGGCCCAGGUUAACAGGAGGAUUAGAGGAGAUGAGCAGUGCUGGGCAUUCCUGGCAGGUGCUGGGUGAUCCCGCCAGCGUGUCACCUGCAGCUGCAGCCCAGGCAGCUAGUGAUCGGGUUCAUCUCCUCGUGGUGGUUGGAAGAGAACUCAGAUGUGAAAAACCAGCAGUCCUUCUCCCACCUUCCUUCCUGCCACUCUUGCUCAUCAUGCUUGUCCAUAAACUUGAAGAACUCGUUUUAGCAGUUAGCCUUUUAAGGUCAAGGAUGGGAAAGCUAAAACUUUAGAAUAUUAUUAUGCUGCUUUUUAGGUUUAUCCCUGUCGUGGGAUGCAGGUAAGGGAUUAUAAUUGUUUUUCAGGGGAUUUUUAUUUGUUUGUUUUUUAAGCAGGGGCUCUGUUUUUCCCUUGAGAGUUCUGGAAAUAAGCCUUGGAGAAACACUACUGAGUAUAUUUAGGCUCCCUGGUUUUCUCUCCCAACAACAAUCUUAAGGGUAGGGGGUGGGGCUGUGUCUUACUCAGGGGCAGCACCUAGCUCUGUCUUGCCUGCAGUGGGUGCACAAUGUAUAAAAGGAAUUGAUUUUUCUCCACACUGUCAAGGGUGGCAUUGACUUUUGGAGCACAUCCCGUCCACAUGAUGCUUGAACUAUGUAACUUCAGGGGUUGAGGGCUCAAGGUUCAGGUUGAAGAGGCACUGUCAACUUAUUAUACAAGCAUUUAUGUUUUCCCUUUUUCUACUUGAAAAGGACCAGCUUAAACACAAACCCUUAUGUAAAUUAAAAGGUUUGAGUCCAAAGCAGAGAAAACUGCUUCUAGAAACUGAAAGUAUAGUUUAAGUACCCUAAAAGCAAAGAGGAAAGGCCUCGUACAAGGCGUUGACAGUUUUCUAAAGUGAUUGUUAUGCUGUGUGUCUGGAUGCAUGCCUUUGCUGCAACUGCGUGAUCCCUUUCAUGUACAGAUCAUGUGAUUUCAGUUUAGAUUUCCUACUUUAAAAUGCAGUGAUUUGUGUUGAGUACAUCUUGGUUGUGCUUCACAUAAAGUAUUUCCUUAAAAGGCUUUGUGUAAAAUUUAAGUGUAUAUUUUUUCCUAUAGACUUCCAUCAUGAUUUUCAGAGAUUAGCCUUAAAAAAUUCGGCCGCAAGAAAUUUAUUCAGUGUUUUCUAGAUGACCGCUGUACCUAGAGGUCACUAUAGUGGAGACCCUUUACCAGCAGCAUUGCAGAAUUUAAAUUAGAAAGCUUCUUAGGAUUCAACUGAAAGUUGGCUAGUAAAAUCGUCCCCAGGUAAUAAAGCAUGCUGACUUUGCUAAGGCACUGCCCAUUUUUAUUUAAAGUCAUGGAGAGUUUGAGUUUAAAGGAUGCAGUGUAGAUAGUGGUUUCGUGUUUAGGCUCUAAUGCCGGUCUAAAAGGCAAGUCAUGUAACCUUGGGAGCCUCAGUUUCCUCAUUGUAAAACAGGGAUAAUAAUAGUAACUACCUCAGGGUUGUAAGGAUUAAAUGAGAUGAUGUUUGUAAGAUACUUAGCUCCAGUGCCUGGCACACAAUGAGCACACUCUGUAAUGUUAAACUACUAUAACACCUAGUCUAGGGAUGCACAGCAGAAUCCCCUAAGGUUAAAAAAAAAAACACAAACUGAUGGUUAAGCCCCACUCCAGAUCAGAAUUCCCAGUGGGCUGGGGUCUCGGCCAGUGUAUUCACCAGUAAUUUCUCCAGGUGUUUCAAACACCUAGUGCUAUCUGAAAACGAUCAGUACCCCAACCCUUUUCUUUAUAGAUUAAGAAACUAGCAGAAGAUGGCUAAGUUACUUGCCCAUUGUCUCAGAACAGUUAAUUAGUGGCAGAGCCAAGGCUAGAAUUCAGGUCUCCUGACGUGAUGUUCGUGGGGUCUUUCCACCAUACCUGCUGCCAUGUGAGACACUGCCAAAAAGUGGCUCAGACAGACAAUCAGCCAGUGUGGUGCUGCACACUUUCUAAAGCACAUGCUCCUGACACUCUGACCUUGAAUGGGAAGUAAUGGGAACACGAGCAAAGCAAGCAUUCGGUAGAACUCAGUCAUUUAGAAAAUUAUAUGGGGUCAUUCUUUUAGACAGACCUCAGCAACACAGCAGUGUGCACUUUGUAGUAAAGAAAUACCAACCUGAGUUUUUAAAAAACCUAGUUAGUCCUACAUUCCUUUUUCUUAAAAAAAAAACAAAACAAACAAAAAAAAAACUUUAUUGUUCACAUUAUUUUAAUGACUGUGAGAUAAUGUAUAUGAGAGCACUUUGAGAAAAUAUCAACUGUAAUAUAAUUAUAAGGUUGUGGUAUUGUCUGUUUAAAAGAUAAGACAGUUGGUUCAAUGUGGAUGGACCCUGUGGGGGACCUGGAAAUGCAGGCAUACAAGAAUCACCUCUGUCGUUUAUCACAUUUAGAAAUAUGAAACUGCUUAACCACUAUGAGCAGGUGUAGCAAGUGUUUUGCUAAAGGUGUAGUUCAGAGCUGAAACUCGGGACCAAUUUUUUGGUUUAAUUGCAAUCUUUAAAAACUAAGAAUGUGUACUCACUCUAGAAUACAGAAGCUCUUCCAGGGACCUUGACUCAAGAAAGAUGAGGCCCUCUGACUCUUCAGCAUUUGUCCAUUUGUCCACUGUAUGCUUGGCCGUUCAUCCUGAGUGUGGUGGGAGCGGACUUGUUGUCUGUUGAUGUUGACAGUGUCUUUUUUAACCUAUGUCCUGCAUAGUUUCGUUAAGUUACAGCAGGAGGUGGAUGGCCAUAAAACCAGUGCACUUUGGGAAUUAACUUUUCUAGGAUUUCCUACCAGUUAGUUAUAAAUGACAUCGACAUUUGCCAUCUCCCUUUUUCAUUUUCUAAGAAGAGUAGCUGAAUUUAAUUCACCUAUUAGAGUAUAAAAUACUUGAGAAUAAAUUGCAUUGGUGGCCACUUCUGACUAACGGCUACAUUUCAUUCUGACCUCUCCUGUUCCCUUCCCCUUUGCUACUGAUGUCAUUGUUAGUAUCAGGCUGUGCCUCUCCCAGGAGUUCAUACUGGGUUGAUGGGGUUAUCUGUAUUUUUGUUCUUGACCUUUGAGUUUCAUCAUCUUGCAUUUAAAUUGUUCCACCUGGACUUGGGAUUCAUCUCUGUGCCCUAAGCAUCUGCUGUGACCAAUCCUCUUUUUGUAGGUGAGUCUCUUGAUUUAAGGAUUGAUAGGCUUCAGAGGUUUGUAUCUCUUAGCCCACAUCAAGCCAGUAGUAGCUCACUUCCUUUGUAAAUGCCUGCUUCCGUGUGGGAUCCGUAGGAGUAUGUGACAACUUCUGAAACCUCUCCCACUCUUAACAGUCUAGACUAAUCUAUAUCAUUUGGAUGGAGUUCGGGUUUUCCAACUAUUAGACUUAAAUCUAAUGCAAGGCUUGCUUUUUUUUUCCCCCCAGCAAGCCAGUAGUGAUACUGUUACUUGCUCUGUUCAGCACAACUGUAGUUCACUUGACCUUCACUGCCGUUCCCUAUGCUCCUUCAUUACUGGGAAGCAUGGGUGGGAUUCAGGGCUGUGGGAUGAGCUGCGUCCUUCUCUGGAGCACUCGCCCCCAUCACUCUUAGCUCCAGCCUGUCUUUUGGGACGUUUACUGCAAUCUCCAGAAGGAUGAGCGUCUGCUUUUCAUGCCACCUCUCGGAGGUAUGUAUUAUAUGUUGAGUAUGUACAAGAUGAUACCUUUUGGCUGGGCAUCAUGGCUCAUGCCUGUAAUCCUAGCACUUUGGGGAGACCAAGACGGGCAGAUCACUUGAGGUCAGUGAAACCCCGUCUCUACUAAAAUUAUAAAAAUUGUACCGGAGUUGUGGUGUCUGCUUGUAAUCCUAGCUAUUCCCAAGGCUGCGGCAGAAGAAUUGCUUGAAUCCAGGAGGCGGAGGUUGCAGUGAAGCUGAGAUCACGCCACUGGACUCCAGUCUAGGUGGCAGAGUGAGACUCGUCAAAAAAAAACAAAACCAAGAUGAUACCUUCAUUUCUGACUCAAUAUUCUAGAUCCAAAGGACAGGAAAUGAGGGAAGGCUUCGCCCUGUGGGAUCAGGAUAAGGAGAUCCCAUACUUCUUCCCAGGUAAGGAGGCCUGUGGCAGGUCGUGAUUCGAAGCUGACUUGGAAUGGCAGAAACUGCUAAGAGGCCACCCUUGACAUGAGUCUCACAGAGGCAAGGACUUAGCUGGGUUGAUUUUGCAUGAUUAUUGAACUAGAACUGGUAGACAUGAGCUUCUUGGGUGGCAGUGGCCCAGAGCCCCCAUCUUUGAGAAUCCCCCACUUGAAAUGGUUUUCUGAGAGUGCUCACUUGGCCAUUGCUGCGUUUCUCAAGCCCCCCUGGCGGGGUCUCGCUGAGCCCUUCCCUCCAAGUGCACUUACUUCUUUGUCCUCAUGUACAUCUAUAGCUUUGAAAUUGUUUACCUCUCCUAGAAAAAUCUGACCUUUUAGCCAGAGCACAGUAGCAAAGUCGUGUUCACUCAGAGGGAGCAGCUGGUGUGUUGAAGUGGAAAAGCCAGGCUGAGCACUCUCCUCAGACCACACCAUGUCUGGCGUAGAAUUGUGAUACAUGUCAUCUGUAUCGGUUCUGGGAGAUUCUUUGUUCAUCUUUGUACUCACAUGAGCAGACUUCCUACCUGUCACUCCAGGUUACUGAGCUGAACCCUCAGAACCUGGGGGCUCCGAGCAUGCUCACAAGCCCUUUAGGACACGCUGGAGCCAAACUGUCCAAUGUUAGCAGGCUUUAUGAAAGGAAAUACAGGGAAUUGGUAUAGUUGGAACUUGCUUAGAUUUGCUUCCGAAUCUCAGAGCAGGAGGUUUAAAUCUUGUCAUUAGGUACCAUAAACUUUAGUUGGAGAAUGGGACUUAAGUUUUCCCGCGUUAUAUAUACUUAAUUUUCAGCAAUUACAACACAAAAAGAAUAUGCAAAUGUAUUGUUUCAGAAGGUAUUGCGGCAGUAGGAAUGCUUUAGGGUCAUCAGCAGUAAACCUCAGGUAUUGUGAGUGGCAAGAAGGCUAGAAGAUAGAGAUGCUUCUGGUAGAUGAGAGUCAGACAAACCAGCUCUCCUCCAUUUGACGCGAUUUUUCACUGUCGCCACCUGUACUCCAUUAGGUAAUGAGAGGAACUUCUUGAGAUCUUGGGAAAUCACCUUGAUUAGGCCGGUUGUCAGUAUUCAGAAACUAGAAAGGAACAAUGACAUACUCUUCUUACGAUUCUUUAGGGUAUGUGUUUGAAAACCCUCGCAUCUCAGAUAUGUGCAGCUGGUGUAUGUUUGUGUCCAUAAGCACGCCUGCUCUGCUGUCAUGCCCAUUAAGAGAGGGGAAAUAAGUAAAAGGAAUCGCUCAGAUCUUCCCUUGGCUGAACAGCAGUGGCGUGGUUGGCGUGUUGACUGUGAGUUGGUGUGUCUGACUUAGCUGUUUGUUGCCGCAUGCUAGGAACCCCCAUCUCCUCCCAGACCCUGCACUUUUCCCUCCCUGCUGUCUGAUUCUCUAAUGACUGUCAGUGGACAAACGCCAGUUUUAUGCUCUCUUAGUAAAAAUAAGUUUAAACAUUUCAUGGUGUUGACAGAACUUUGUCCUAAAACAUGCGGAUUCAGAUAAUUUAAAACUCAUGUAACAUUUAUGCCAAAGGUCCCGCCCUGCAGGUGUGUGUGUGGCACACGGAGGGUGAGGUUUGGAGCAUCAGGCACUGUGUGCAUUGCUAAGGGGACAUAGUGAGACAAUGUGGGAUUUAACUAAAAACACAUCAGUCGUGGGUCACACUACCAGUGUUGUCAGGUAUUUGUUCUUGUUAAUGUAAUAUAUUUUGGUUGUUUGUUUUUCUAAUUUAAUUCUCUCACUCUGUUGUCUGACUGUGAACUGCUAACAGUGUUAAACUUGAUGUAAAUAAAUGAGGCCCUUGAAAGGGACUGCUCUCUGCCUGUCUUCUCACAAGGUUUGCCAAGUUGUGUUUUGUUUUAAAUAAAGGUUGCAAUAUUUUAUUGGCAAA